GCGAUGGAGAGCCAGACCAAGAUAUUUCGUAUCCAUUCUUUUUACAUCCUCUCUUCCCCCCUCCUUUCCUUGCCUCCUCUCUCGCCGCGUCUCCCGCGCCAUCUUCCCAGUGCGCUCUUUUCUCUCCUACCACUCUCUUUCUCUCCCACGAUUCGACAUCCUUUGCGUUGUCCCUCGUCACCAGCGGGCUCCCGGCGAUUCUCCUGCGAGCAAAAGGAGAGUGAAAGAGACGAAAGGUAGAGAUCAUGGAACGAUUCAUAAAGAGGGGGCGGGGGUGGGUGUUUGUGGAGAGAGGGAGAGAGAUCAGACAGAGAGGAUCAGACCCAAGAGAGGCGAUAUCACGGGGCAACGAGAAAAGAUUAUUUUUGCGUUUUCCCGGCUCCAAGCAAGGAUAAUAUUACUGAUGAAUGCGGGCGGCCUCGUGGUUGGCCGCAAAAUUUGUUUAAGUUUUGCGUAUUUCCAUGCGAGAUUGUGAAGGAGGAGAAAACAGCAAAAACUGCAUUUUUACAAGUAGAAACGACGAUAAGCGCAAAAGAAGAGAGAUUGAAAACCAGGAGGCUGAAGAAGGCGGAAAAGAUCACUAAGCAACGGGAUAUUGUUCUGGGUCAAAAGCUUGUCCCCCUAAGUUUGUGGUCGUCGGCAGAAACCCCUUCCUAAAUCUGUGGCAAUUUGGCCGAUAAGAUUGAACUUCCCGAUCCGUAGCCCUCAAAUCGUUCAUCUAAUUAACUAUCUACGAACUCGGUAUCGUCCCUCGUUUCCCUCUAAGAUUUUUUUUUUUUUCCACUUCUUUGAAUUGCCAUCUCUCGCUUAUUUUUUGUUCCCUUGUACAUCUCCUUCUUCCUCCUGCAGUACUUCACUUCUCCCCUCCAAAGUUUUCUGUAGGGCAACCUUCCCUUUCAUAAUAAUUCACAAGGACGAUAGAGAGAGAGCCGUUCAAUUGGAAAUGCAUUAAACCCUUCGCAGUAUCCAUUUGAUCAAGUGAUUGUACUGUUGGAUGGUUCCACCCGCAAUCACUUUGUAGCUUGCUUGAAUUUUCUUCUUAAUUUCACGCGCGCCCCUCUCCGCCACUGACAGGAAAGUGAAAACACAAAAUCUUGACAGGAAAGUAGAAUAGUGACUUAUUCCUUCAAGACGACGCUUACGAUCGACGGAUGUCGUCGUCCUCCAACUCACCAUGCGCGGCGUGCAAGUUCCUUCGUCGUAAGUGCACGUUUGAAUGUGCGUUCGCUCCCUACUUCCCGCCGGACCAGCCUCAGAAGUUCGCCAACGUCCACAAGGUCUUCGGUGCGUCCAACGUUACUAAGCUACUGAACGAGCUGCUCCCCCACCAGCGAGAGGACGCCGUGAACUCGCUGGCCUACGAGGCCCAGGCCCGAGUCCAGGACCCCGUCUACGGCUGCGUCGGCGUCAUCUCCCUUCUACAACACCAGCUGAAGCAGCUCCACUCUCACCUCAGCUUUGCCCGCUCCGAGCUCUCCAAACACAUCAAUGCGGGCGGCUUUUCCUUUGGCAUCGUCCCGUCAUCCGGUGCCGGCGCUGCUGGCAUUUUUGUGCCCCACGCGACGAUUGAUGGCCACCUAAAGAGCAGAGUCUUCAUGAGGGCCGCUGGCGGAGCUGCAGUCACGGAGAUGGGUGCCAGGCUUGGAAGGACGGGCGGCUACGACGGUGGGGGGCUCGUCUCCUUGAACAUGAAUGUGGACGGAAACUUCGUCGGAGGAUUAGCGCCGCGGCAUCCCGAGGCCGCGAGGGGAGAGAAGAAGACCGCUGCUGGAAGGAGCAUUGGUCCGUGACCUCCCGGCUAGGUUUUCUUUUGACGAGAGAAACGAUGUUCCGGCUUCAUUUCACCGGGAGCCAUUCAUGCUUCUCCUGUUAACAACGCCCUGUGCUAGAGAAAACAUGGUUCAUCACUAAAUGCACGUCAUGAGA